UCGUAUUGAACGUGCAAUGGACUUUAAUUUGCUACAUAAUAUCACUUUAAAAAAUAAGAAUUUGAGAUUUAAAGGAAUAAUAUAUGCAGUGGAUAUUCAUCGACAAGCCGUGAGAUUAAGCAAACUACUGGUCACUAAAAUCGAGACAAUGUGUUGCUGUUUAAUAAUAACUGGAGUGAUUGGUUUAAGCUUUAGUCUUUUUCGAAUAUUUCAAAUAGUAUCGUCCAAAGAAAAUCUUAAGGAAAAUUUGAUGCCUUUUCUGGUUACAAUAUGUAUUAUCACUUAUAUGUUUGUAGCUAAUUAUGUCUGUCAAAAUGUAACAGAUCAUAAUAAUCACAUAUAUAUUACCGCAUACGAUGUUCAAUGGUAUAUGGCUCCGUUGCAUAUACAAAAAUUGAUAUUGUUUCUAUUGCAAAAUGGUACCAAAGACCUACCUUUACGUGUUGGUGUAUUAUUCACUGGAUCGCUAGAGGGGUUUGCUACGCUGGUGAAAGCUUCGGUAUCUUAUUUUACCUUCAUAUAUUCUACGCGAUAAGACAAAAAUGGAUUAAUUGAAAAU